UGUUUACACUUAUAGAAGUGUAAUCUUUUGUACUUCGAACUGUGUUGAUAACUAGUAGAAUAUUUCUAUUACAAUUUUCAAAUUGAAUUGACCACGCUGUCAUUUGAAAUCAUCUGAUCUGGCAUAAUGAAGGCCGUCGUUGUGAUUUGUUUUUUCGCUGCUGUGAUUUGCAUCGGGCUCCAUUGCAAACCUGUCAUUUCAGGAUCACCUCUAAAAUAUGAGCUGGGAAGCGCCUAUGAGUACACUUACACUACAGAUGUCUUAUUGAAUGAGCCUGGUGUCGAGAAAACCUCACGUCCUAAGCAAGAUGUUGGAAUCACCGUGUCUGCUACCAUAGUGGUUGCACCAAUCUGGCAGCAAGAUUCUAACCAGUUGUUUAAACUCACAGUAAAACAAGCAACAUUAAAGAGUGUUUCGAGAAAAGACAUACAGUCUACUCUUAAAACAUUAACAAAAUACCCAAUCUUAUUUAACUGGAAUUCUGGGAAGGUUGGUCAGGUUUACUCUGCAGAGAAAGACACGAUUGUCUCGGUGAAUCUGAAAAAAGGGUUGAUUAGUUUGUUCCAAGUACAGGAAAGGGAUGGUGAAGUUUCUGAGAUCGAUAUUUGUGGUGAUGCCAAAGUCUCGUACAAAGAAGAUGGCGAGAAAAUUAUCAAAAUUAAAACUGGAUGUGAUAACCUUGAAAUUGCUGGUCAAUACACUAAUAUCAACCCUACAUUGGAAGUCAGUAUUAAAUCUGAUAUCAAAACAGUCUAUGAUUUAGCGGGUGGUGACAUCAUCAAAAUGGCGACCACUGAAGAACGUCAUACCAACCAACUUAAUGUGCGGUCAAGUGUAGCAUCAUACGUCACAGUCAGACAAAGCCUAACCCAUACUAAGACCUCUGCGGGCAAGGAUGGAGUUGCUGGGGCAACCAUAGAUGAUGCUCUACAAGUAGUUACUAAGAUGAGUAAGCUAAGUUUGACAAGUAGUCUGCUUGCAAGUGAUAUCAUCAACCAGAAAUGCACACAAAACUGUGGCGUAAGUAAACUGCAGACCAUUGUGGCUAAAUAUCGCGAUGAUCUCAAGGGUGAGAGUAUGGCUCAAGUCAGGGCAUCCAAUGCAUUUAUUGAAUUAUUACGCACUUUCCGUAGUACCAGUAAAGAUAAUAUACUCGCUGUUCUGAAGGAUCCUGAGAAUGCUGACAUUGUACCACAGAUAAUUGAUUUGACCGUAGCAGCACAAACACCUUCUUCCCAGGAUGCACUUAUGUCAUUUAUCGAUUUUGACGAUGACACAAGCCCUCUGCCAGAGAGGUACUUACUCUCAAUUGCAUAUGCCACACACCCUAGUGAGAAACUAAUGAAAGAUCUACUGGGCUUACUGAAAAAGGAGCGAGAUAAUGAGAAAGUGAAACAGAGCAUUUCCCUGGCGGCAGCAUCUGUCCUCAAUACUUACUGCAGGGACCAGGACAAGUGUAAGACAAAGGCAGCCCAGAAUAUGAAAAAUACGAUCUUGGAUAAACUGAAGAAUUGCAAAGAAGACCCUUGCACAUUAAUGUACAUUCGUGCUCUUGGAAACGCAGGAUUGGUCGAAACUCUACCUUUACUUAUUGACACUGCGGAGAACUCUAAAUCGUUCGCCAUUUCUUAUGCUGCAGUAAACUCAAUGAGGCGCAUUGAUAAGAAGCAUAUCACCCCAGAGAUUGAAAAAACAUUAAAAAGGAUCUUCAACCAAAAUAAAAGAAAUUACGACACAACUGUACGUGCUGAGGCAUUGCAACUUCUUCUUACUCUGAAGCCUACAACUCAUUUUCUGCGUAAUGUCAUCCUCACAGCAAGUGACCAGACAGAACAUGAAUUCUCCACUUAUAUUGUUGCAGCUAUUAACGAUGUGAUGAAAACCGAUGCCCAAAUAAGGGCUCAGGUGUUAAGCAUAUUAAAGGACCCCAAGCUGUACCACUAUGGUCUUAUGGCUCAGAGGGGGGACUCUACAUUAAUCAAAGGAUUUAUGACCAAAACCACAGACAAUCAUGUUAUGUAUGCAAUUAGUGUUCAGAGUGCCAAAUCUGGUGUAAUGCGACGCAGUUCUCUCCAAGUGACAUCAUUUGGCGACCAUCAGAUCCUUCCAAUAACUACAUUCCAUAUAUUUGCCCAAGGGCUCGAGUCACUCACUGGCAAAGCUGACGAAGAAGGGGGUGAGGAACAGGAAGUUUUAGACCCUAGUGCGGGAAUGCAGCUUGACAUGUUGGAUGUGUCGCUGCCUCCCGUGACAUUUUUUACGGGAUCUGGUGAGCUGAUGUCAGCAGUAUGGAAUGCUCCAACCGAACCUGUCACUGCACUACAGGCUACAAUAAUGCUCCAUGACCGUGUACAUAGGAUUCACCUUCAGAAUGGUCUCAUUGUUGAGCUUAACAUCCAGGGUGUCGUUAGUAUGGAUCUCUCUGGUGCUAUCAGUAUCAGCCUCUGGAACAGAUACGCAAAGUCAGUUAUUACAAACAGUGGAGCACUCACUAUAAAGGGCACCACAACAAUAGCCACACCAAUGUUUACAGCAGAGUCAAAUUACCACCUGAGUGGAGCAUCACAGAUUGACUUCCGAUCUGAUGUGAAUUUUUAUGAGUCUCCAUUCAAGGCCUGUUUGGACAUGAGCCACCCACCUUUCAUACUGAAGCAUUCUUUUACAAAAUAUGAGUAUUUAAAGGGCACUAAAAAGUCAUAUAAAUCUACUGUGAAUAGAAAUAGGACUGUGCAUCCACAAUCAUUCCUCAUUCAUCCGAAAGUCUCCGCAAUGUGUCGUGAAUUGAUCACAGAUGAAGAAUAGAUGGCGCCAUAAAAAAUGUUCAAAAGAAGUGAAGCUGGCAGAAUUUACAAUUGAAAGCAUGGUACUAUGGUAAAAUCAUGAGGUGGAACUCAUCAUUGAAGGCCAUUAAUGAAUGGGGUCAUACCUAGCAUUCACUCAAUUGAAGUCAUAAUCAUAUUUAGAAUAAACACACCUAUAAUCAAGUUCAAAACCAUGACAUAUUUUGUAAUGGAUAUUUAUUAUUUAUUUACCAUCUACAAUCAUCCUGGUUGCUAGCUCCAUCUUGAAAAAAAUUUAAGUUAAUUGUAAUUAUCCAUUAUUGACUUGACAGUCUGUAGGUGAAAUUCAAAUAUUAAUACACUGUAGUGCAAUUCAACUCAGAACAAAUAUUCAUACAAUGUGCAAAAGAUAAUCAACUCUGUAUGUGUCAGUGCUAUUAUGAUGCAUGUUAAUACGAGGGCUGUUCAAUUUUAAAAAUCCUUCUCUACAUUAUACAAGUACUCAUUCUGGAUUGUGCAACCUGUAUGAUGGGUCAUUUUCUUAUGCUGCAUAUUAAAAUUUCAAAACUUACUAGAGAAGGAAUGGUACUAUUUGAAUGGCCCUCAUAAUAACUGCAGUAUUGUAACAUCAGGGCUCGUAUCUAUUAUUUAUAUAAACUAUUUUAUAUUUGGUGCAUUUAUUUACAUUAUAUUUUAGUGUACAGUUUAAUGUUCAUAUUGCAGAUGUAUGAGUGCUGUGAAAUGAGGAAUUGUUAAAUAAAAUGGUGAAGUUUCCCACUUUUUAAAAAACCUAUUGAAAUUAAUUUCUCUUGCUUUUAAAGGUGAAUUACCACUCAAGAUUCUUAUGUAAUGAAAUUAAGAAAUAUAGAGCUCACAGCAGGUGU